GUUAAAAAAUAAUGCGUGAAUAGUGAAAUACUUUUCUUAAUUUCUAUUUUUAUACGGUAUAUAUUCAAAUUAAUUGUAAAAUCUCCUUUCUACGUUUGUAUAAAUAAAUUGCACACCAUAAAGUUGUUCAAUACCCCCCGUGUCUGAAAUGGUCCAGUUUAAGCGUUCAAACAUUCGCGGUAAAAUUAUUAUGACUGUUAGACGCUGGAGAUUUUUUUUUUUUUACUUUGUAAUUAGACGAUUGUUUUUGUUUUAUUGCUAGUGAGUAUUGUAUCUAUCAUUAUAUGUAAUUAAAUGAAUGCAAAGAUGAGUAGGAUGACGAAAACUCUGAAAGCUGUUCAGCGCGAGCUGCAGAGUGCAAAACAGAGCAGUAAUGAUGCAGUGGAGUCUUCACAGCCACUGGACAUUUCAUCCAUCGAGAAAGCCAGUUUCUUUCAAGGAGAUCAGUAUUCUCCUAAUGGGAACCCCCUUCACAGCACAGCUUUGGAAGAAGAUCUCAGUCCUGGACCAGAACAGAACCAAAAGUCUGCUCCAGAGAAGUUGGGUCGACCGCGAGCUGGGAAGCCUGUUCUUGGUGUAACAGACACUGAUAAGACAGCAGUUACUCAGGCUAAGAAAAUAGGCAAAGCUGUUUCUGAGGCACUGAAUAAGAAAGCUUCAUCCAAAGAGAACCAGGAACCACCUCAGACAACAAAUAAAGGAGCAAAAUCAGUAGUAAGAAAAGGUAAAGGCAGACCUUUGCCAACCAUAUCAGAACACAGAGAGGAUGCAGGCAAGAAAAGAACAUCAACUCCCACAAGCUACACAGCCAAGGAAGCAGUAAAAGGUCAGAGGUCAGCAAAAGAAACCUCUUCGACCCUAGGAGCGGCUCAGAGACAGCAGAGGUCACCUCCUUCCUCAGAGGAGCUGACAGACGAGGACGAAAGUUUUCACCCAAGCAUAGAGAAGUCUAAGGGGGCAAAGAGAAGAUCGUCCAGUCAACGGCAAAGUGGCCACAAACAAAAAAGGAAAUCUUCAUCUUCAUCAGAAAGCACUGGCCCCUCUAAAAAGCCCAGGGUUUUGAGAAGUCCAACUGAUCUUGAUGUGGUGCUCGAUAGUUUCCAGGAGUUUGUCACUCAGUAUAAGCAGACCAUAAACUCUGAAGCAGUCAAACGCUCCAUUGAUGCUGUCAGUCGCUCAUUUGAGGAGCAGCUCUCAGAGAUAAUCACAGCAACAAAGGAGCUCAGGAAUGUGAAAAGAGAAAAUAACAAGAUCAAUAGCACUAUUAAUCAGAAGAGGACCAGACUUGUGGAAGCCAAUAAUGAGCUCAUUAAGGGAAAGACAAAGCUGAGAAACCUUCAGAAAGAUCAUGAUGAGAUGGAACAGAGACUCAAAGCUCUGAGAGAAGGUUCCUCUUUGCUCACCAACCUGCAGGAGCUCAACACAAAGUACCUGAAGCACCGCACAGCUCAUCCGGAUGAGGUAGAAACGUAUGGCCCAUCCUGUAUGCCUGCCAUGUUGAUGGAAGCCAGGUGCAUCAUGGGAACCGAGCACCAGCUAAAGACUGUUAAUGACCAUCUACAGCAGGUCUUAGAUGAAACAGAAAAUGAAUAACUACACACACUGUACAGCUCAACAAAUAAACAAUUUUAAUCUAAUGGUA